CGCCGCCUCUCGCCUCCGCGGGCCCCCCCCGCCCGCGGCCCUGCGCGUGGGGCGGCUGGCGGGUACGUUGCUGCCCGGGCUCUCCCGCCGCGUCCGUUACCCCUUGAGGCGGUGAGGGGGAGCGGGGAGCUGGGGCUGGGGCUCGGCUUUGGCUUUCCUCAGAUGGCAGGAGGAGGAAAUGGCGGCCUCCCAAGGGCCUGGGGAGUGUGACCCCCCUGCCCACGCCCGACUGGAGCUGCCGCCUGUGGGGGGAUCACGGCCCUCGCGGGCUCCUGUGGGCGGGGGAGGUUGGUCCUGUGGAGUUAUGAGAAUUGGUGAGGGAAAAGUUUGCUUUUCAUGACACAUUUAUCACGUGUUAAGAAACAAGUUGGUGAACCUGGCCAAAAGCUCAUGUCAUCAGAAAUGCCAACAGGAAGGCCAGAGGUGCCAAUGGAAAAUGCCAUGUCCCCUGACGGUCCUGAUGUGGAAGGAGAGGUGAAGUCAAGUGACAGUCCAGUAGGGAAACAGGAGGCAGGCUCAGACAAGGAAGAAUGCCUUGAGCCCGUGUCCAAGAGGCAAAGGAAGAAGCUUCUGAAGCAGAAACAGUGGGAAGAACAGAAAGAUCUACGGAGGCAGAAACGAAAAGAAAAACGCCAGAAGAGAAAACUAGAACGUCAGUCAAAAUUGGACUCCAAUAAUGAAGGGAAUGUCAGAAAGCGUAUGCGAAGGGAAGUUGUUCCUAGUACACUUCGCCUCAUUGUGGACUGUAGCUUUGACGAUCUGAUGGUGCUGAAGGAUGUUAAGAAGCUUCACAAGCAAAUUCAGAGAUGUUAUGCAGAAAAUCGCAAAGCAUUCCAUCCUGUGCAGUUUUAUUUGACCAGCCACGGGGGACAGUUGAAGUGCAACAUGAAUGAAAAUGACAAAGGAUGGGUGAACUGGAAGGAUAUCCAAAUUAGAACAGAGCACUACAGUGAGCUAAUAAAGAAAGAAGACCUAGUAUAUCUUACCUCAGAUUCCCCAGAUGUUCUCAGUGAGCUCGAUGAGAAGAAAGCCUAUGUGAUUGGAGGACUGGUGGAUCACAAUCACCACAAGGGAAUUACUUACAGAAAAGCUGUAGAGCAGGGAAUUGGUCACGCGCAGCUCCCGCUUGGGAAUUUUGUCAAGAUGAACAGUCGGAAAGUGUUAGCUGUCAAUCAUGGAGGCUCUGAAAACUUGGCCAUAUUCAGUCAUCACGAUCCAGUGCAUAACUCCUGCUUACUUCUGCGUUCGCUGUGCACUCCAAAGAGUUCACGUAUUUCUCGAGUGGGCCAGCUCUGCAGUGAUAAGAUUACGUCUCGGGAGAAGGAUAGAAAGGAGUACUUGCAGAAGAAGCUUAGUUUGCAAGCUGGGGACUUCACGGAGCAUUUAGCAAUAGUUGACAUGGAUGUGUGACUGUUGAAGUCAGGCUACUACCCGAACCUUCUCAGUAACAGCAGACACAUCCUAAAGACUAGAGACUCCCAGCUUUUUGGGGUAGGGACAAGCAAUAGUUCAGAAGCUGGGACAUCUAAUUUUAUCAGAGGACACAGAAACGUCGCUGCCUCACAGAGCAGCCUUGAGAGUUACUCUGCCGCUGCUGCACCCUGACGUGAUUGUAAGAAUCUGCUUCAGCUUCUCGUGCUAGUGAAUCCAGGCCUCUAAUAAGGCAGGCAGGUGGGAUCAAGGAUAACGUAACACAAACAGCUUUAAUGCUUAUCUUGAGUCACACGUUGAACAUAACCUUGUUCUUCUCUUUAUUACUAGGAUGGGUGAAGUGCCCUUGAGAGAGCUUUGUUGUCAGACGUCUAGCAAAUACAGUCACGGGUGCUUUGGAAAGGGAAAUGGGUGAGAAGGUGCAAUUGAUUGUAACUAUCCUUGCAAACUAUUGCCCUUCUGGCUCUUACCACGUUUGUUCCAUGACCUGUCAGCUUCAAAGUUCAUGGAGGGAAUGCAACCGUGCUGUUGAAAGACUACAUUAAUGUGGUUGCUUUAGUUUUGGUUCUGUUCAGUAGUGAUCCUGUGAGGCCUCUGCGAUGUAAUUAAGGUUUUCAGGCUCAGCUGCUGCAGCAUGGUGCUGAGGGACAGCUGGUAGGAAACACUCAGGACAGAGAUUUGAAUGGGAUUAAGACAGUCAUGAGUACAGCCCAAAAGCAUGUGGUCAAGUUCAAGUGUGGCCCGUUCAACAAGUCAUUACCACAGCCCUGUCAGUGUGUGGUCACUUAACCCUGCUGUCUGGUUUCCAGCUGACUUUGUAGUGUUUACACCUAAGACACCAGGGAAGUUGCAAAGCACUGCCAGCUCCUGUCCUGCUAGAAGCUCCGUCCCCAUUUACUGCAGACGGCAGACUCCUACUCUUGUGCAGCUGUACAGAAAUUACAUAUCUCGGAAAAUGUUCCCCAUUUACAUGGCUUUGUGCGAAUGAGUUUCUGCCUCUGUGGUCUGAGUUGGCAGGCAGACCUGAGUAAUGCCCACUCUGUGUGACUGGCCUUUGGCCAGCCAUUCAUAAAAACUCUGUUUCCUAAAUGUGCGGC